AUGCGUUCCCACCAUUCGUUAUCUAUUUUCCGAACCCUAAACAAACACCAUCGAGUGGGAACAGUGCUACCCACACUCUACUUCCUCGUAGUAGCCCCCACCAUUCCAAGUUCAUUGCCGUGUGUAAACACCGAAGAACAGGUGUUUUUACUAGUCGAUAUCGAGAUUCAAGGUAUGCUGCUCCCGCUCAUGUUGUGGAUGCUUUGGAUUCGGGAGUCUGUUGCAGAGGAUCUGGAACUACGCCGAAGCCCACGUAUUGUGGGUGGCCACCCGAGUGAUGUAUGGAACCAGCCGCACGUGGUUAACAUCCGGCGACGUGGGAACUUCGAGUGCGGCGGUUCCCUGGUCACUCCACGCUGCGUCUUGACCGCCGCCCACUGCCUCAAGGAUGGCAAUCCAUCGGAUUUUGUGGUUCGUGGCGGGGUGACCUAUCUGAGUGAUAUGCGUAAUUCGCGCUAUGUGAGGAAAAUACUGCUGCCAUCGGCCUACAGUCGCACAACAUUGGACCACGACGUGGCGCUCCUUCAGCUCCAGCAACCGCUUCAAGCCUCCAUUGCGAAACCCAUCUCCUUGGCCGUGCGGUCUCCGCGACCUGGAUCUUUUGUCCGGGUUUCCGGCUGGGGAUUAACCGACUCGAGCUCCACGUCGCUGCCCAAUCAGCUCCAUAGUGUACAUGUGCAAGUGAUGCCGCAACGGGAGUGUAGGGAUCUGUACCGUGGCUACCGGAACAUAACGUCCAGUAUGUUCUGUGCCUCCGUGCCGGGCUUAAAGGAUGCUUGUGCGGCGGAUUCGGGUGGGCCAGUAGUUAAUUCGAAUGGUAUCCUUGUAGGCCUCGUGUCGUGGGGCAGGGCACAUCGGUGUGCCGCCAGGGAUAGUCCCGGAGUAUACUCCGAUGUGAGCUUCCUGUCCGACUGGAUAGCGGAUAAUAUUCACAGGUACUGCUAGCUCCGCUUAGAUCCUU